CAUUUAAGACAAGUCAUAUUUCAGGUGGUUGAACUUCGUGCAGAACUGGAUGCCCGCAUGUUGAAUAGCAAGGGUCUGAAGUCACAGCUGAUUGCCCGCCUGACAAAGAUCUUGAAGAAUGAACAGGAAAAAGAGGAAUCUGAAAAGGCAGCAAGUGCAGAAAAUACUGAAACUGAUGAAGUAAAGAAAAAGGAAGAGGAAGAGAGGAAAAAAGAGGAAGAACGUAAAAGGAAAGAGGAGGAGGAGAGAAAGAAAGAGGAGGAAGAGAAAAAGAAAGCAGAGGAGCGAGAGAGAAACUUGCUUGAGAAGCGGUAUACUCUUCCUGACCAGCCAAUGAUUGUUGUCCAUCCGUCGCGCACGGCUAAAUCCGGUAAAUUUGACUGUACCACCAUGUCACUCUCCGUCUUACUGGAUUAUAGACAGGAGGAUAACAAAGAACAUUCAUUUGAAGUCAGUCUUUUUGCAGAAUUAUUCAAUGAAAUGCUAAUGAGAGAUUUUGCAUUCCGUAUCUACCGUGCCCUCUUCGAAUGUCCUGAGAAACCCGCGAAGGAAGAAAAGAAAGAAAAAGAUGAAAAGAAAGAUAAAGAUAAAGACAAAGAGAAGAGAGAGAAGGAGAAAAAAGAUGACAAAGAUGAAAAGGAAAAGAAAGAGAAAAAGAGAAGAAGGAUGAAGAAGAAGAAAAGGAAGAGAAAAUGGAUGAGGAUAAAGAUGGAGAGAAGAAAGACAAGAAAUUAUCUGAGAAAGAAGAGGUAAAAGAAGAAAAAGAGGAGAAGAAAGACGAAGACGAAGAAGACGAGGAAAUAGAAGAUGACGAUGAUGAGGAGAUUGAUGAUGAAGACUCCAAAGAUGAGGCCAUCAUUAGCAAAGGUGGAGACAUCAAAGAGAAAGAUGACCGCAAGGAUACCAAAGACGGAAAGAAGAAGGACGACAAGAAAGACCGAGAAAGAAGGGAAAAGAAAGAGAAGAAA